AUGAAUCGUCAGUUAUCAUUUAUCGAUAUUGGUGCGAAUAUUGGUAUUUAUACAAUGUAUGCUGCAAAAUUAGGUUGCAAGAAUGUGAUUGCUAUCGAAUGUUUCCGUCCCAAUGUAGAACGAAUUCGUCGAGCCGUUCAACUUGAAAAUGUUCAAAAUCAAGUUGUAAUUAUGGCUCGUGCACUAUAUAAUAAAUCAAACGUUUACUUAUCAUUGCGAACAAAUAUUGCGAAUAAUAUAGGUUCACAACGAUUGAACGCUGAAGUACAGAAUAAUGAGAAUAACUCUCUUGUUGUUCAAACAAUACGUUUCGACGAUUUAUUGCCUGUUGUCAGAAAACGAGAUAUUCGAGAAGCUAUUAUUAAAAUUGAUAUAGAAACAUCUGAACAUCAUUUAUGUGGCACAGGUGAACAGAUGUUCAGUCAAAUAAAUAUACCAUUCGUUAUGAUGGAAUGGGCCAAUAUUAAAGAAAUACCUUCCAGAGCUAAUUUAGUUCAAGAAUUCUUUAUAAAGCGUGGUUAUAUUCCAUUUAAGUCAGUAACAUGUGAACCAGAAACUGAAAAAGAUUAUAGACUAUGGCAUUCUCAAGAUAUUUUUUGGAUAAAAAAGACUCAUACGCAUCUAUGUAAAUGA